CGGCUUCCGUUCCAGGUGACUCCCAUUUCCACAGUGACAGUCCGCUCCUCGCCUCCAGCUCGGUGCUCCAGCUACGCAACCACACAUCUACAUAGCUACACAACCGCACAUCUACACAGCCACACACAGCUACUAGCCUGUAGUCUGUGGAGCUCGGCCAGCUGACGCAGCAGCAGCAGCAGCAGCAGCAGCAACACUUCCACAGUUCGGCAACUAGCUCCGGUUAGUUGCUGAACCGGGUGUGAGUCCGUCUGAACCUUUACUGAUUAUCUUUUACAAUGAAGAAAUUAAAAAGACCCGCAUCCUGACGUCCACAUUGUGGUCAAUGACUGUGCGUCGCGCCGUCGGUGACUGACAUGGACGCUAGUGACAACAAGGAUGUGAAGCUGUCACCUGAAGUGGAACCGUUCAUCCCACAGAAGAAAGGUCUUGAAGGAUCCCUAGUCAGCAUGAGUUUAUCGGGCGAGCCGGGUGGAGGAGGAGGAGGAGGAGGAGGAGGUGGUGGUGGAGGAGGAGGAGGGGGUGGAGGGAUAGGAGGAGGCAGUGGAGGGGUGGAAACCACUCCCAUACCCAGCUACCUCAUCACCUGCUACCCUUUCGUCCAAGAGAACCAACCCAACAGGCAACAUCCUAUGUAUAAUGGAGGGGAGCUGCGCUGGCAGCAGCCUAACCCCACCCCCGGUGGUCCGUACUUGGCCUACCCCAUCCUGUCUUCCCCCCAGCCUCCUGUCUCAAACGACUACGCUUACUACCAGAUUAUGCCUGCUCCAUGCCCACCCAUGAUGGGCUUCUACCAGCCUUUCCCUGGAACCUACCCAGGUCCUGUGCAAGCCGGAGUGGUCAAUCCUGUCUCGGCAGAUGUCACUGAAAGGCCUCUGCCUCUGGGGCCUGCAUAUGGAAUGGCCAGUCAGAGGGGGAGAGGCAUGGUUCGAUCCAAUAUUCUCCCAAAGCAACAUUUGGGUGUGUGUCAGCCUCCAAGGGGUCGCCGGCCUCCGACCAGAAGUGUAGCUGUGCAGAAGGAGGUGUGCACCUUAGGGCCUGAUGGUAGGACCAAAACUGUCAUGUUGGUGGAUGCGGCGCAGCAGACGGAUUUCCCAGGUGAGGUGUCGGGGCGGUGUGCUGCUGAGCGGGUCAGUCCCCUGCUGUGGAAAAACCGAACAAAGCGGAGACGGGCUUCCCAUCCUGCAGAAAACUACAACGAACAGGGCGCCAGUGAGGCGGACAUAGACAGCGACAGCGGCUACUGUAGCCCCAAGCACAACCAGGCGACUGGGGUAACACAACGAGCAGCAGCAGAGAAUAUAGCAGCACCUAUGGGAGUGGAGGCUGGUGUAAUGACGGGUACCUGGGUAAAUGUAGCGUCUCAGGCUACCCCAAAGACCUGGGGGGACAGAAACGGCCAGUUUCACAGAGCAGACCAGAGGAAGAAUCCUGAGCAGAGAAACUUCUCACAGGAUUUCCACAGUGGCUACUCAGGGCGUAUCCCACCCAACCAGACAGAGCAACGACCACAGCCAGCCGUCGGCACUGCCACCGAUCUCACUCCAGAGCCCCUCUACUUCGAGGAUGAAGACGAGUUCCCAGAUCUCGCUACUGGAGGUGUCGUCCAACGCAGCAACAAACCAGAAUCCACUGCAGUGCAGACGCACACGCAACCGAAACUGCCCAAAAACCUGCUGGAUAACCUACCAGAAAACUCCCCUAUCAACAUCGUGCAGACACCCAUCCCCAUUACAACUUCCGUUCCCAAGAGAGCCAAGAGCCAGAGGAAGAAGGCUCUGGCUGCUGCCUUAGCCACUGCACAGGAGUACUCUGAAAUCAGCAUGGAACAGAAGAAACUACAGGAAGCUUUCACCAAAGCAGCAGGGAAGAAGAGUAAAACCUCUGUUGAGCUGGACCUGGGAGACAUGCUGGCGGCUUUGGAGAAACAGCAGCAGGCUAUGAAGGCCAGGCAACUCAACAACACCAAGCCGCUGUCUUUCACAGUUGGAACAACUACUCCAUUCCACAGCACGGGCUCGACAAGCGUGCCGUCCAUGCUGAAGGGUAACCAGCAGCCGUACUCGGCUCCACAUAAUGCCCUGGAUUCCACUGCACCUCGUAUGAAGAGAGGGAAGGAGCGAGAAAUCCCUAAAGUCAAACGGCCAACAGCCCUCAAAAAGAUUAUCUUGAAGGAGCGUGAAGGAAAGAAAGGAAAGCCAAGCGUAGAACAGGAGUCUUCAGGCCAUGAGGAGCACGGGGACGAGUGUCUGAAUUUCACCGACGAUCUUGCGCGAGAGCCCGCCUCACAGGAAGAGAACGGUCUGAGCGUGCCCAGUGAUGCGUCCCUUUCCCCGGCCAGCCAGAACUCCCCGUACAGCAUCACCCCGGUGUCCCAGGGUUCUCCUGCCAGCUCCGGCAUCGGGAGUCCCAUGGCCUCUAACGCCAUCACCAAGAUCCACAGCCGACGUUUCAGAGAGUACUGUAACCAAGUGCUGAGCAAGGAGAUCGACGAGAGCGUGACUCUGCUCCUGCAGGAGCUGGUUCGCUUCCAGGAGCGAGUCUACCAGAAAGAUCCGACCAAGGCCAAAUCCAAACGUCGCCUGGUGAUGGGUCUCAGAGAGGUCACCAAGCACAUGAAGCUGCAUAAGAUUAAGUGUGUCAUCAUCUCCCCCAACUGUGAGAAGAUCCAGGCCAAAGGUGGUUUGGAUGAAGCUUUAUACAAUGUAAUUGCCAUGGCUCGGGAGCAGGAAAUCCCUUUUGUGUUUGCCUUGGGUAGAAAAGCUCUCGGACGCUGCGUUAACAAGCUUGUGCCUGUGAGCGUUGUGGGGAUUUUCAACUAUUCAGGAGCUGAGGGACUCUUCAACCGUUUAGUAUCCCUAACAGAAGAGGCUCGGAAGGCCUACAAAGACAUGGUGUCGGCUCUGGAGCAGGAACAGGCUGAAGAGGCUCUGAAGAACGACAAGAAGGUCCCGCACCACAUGGGCCACUCUCGCAACCACUCUGCUGCCUCUGCUAUCUCCUUCUGUUCCAUCUUCUCUGAGCCCAUCUCAGAGGUCAAUGAAAAGGAGUAUGAGACCAACUGGAGGAGUAUGAUGGAGACUUCAGAUGCCCUGGAGCCCGUAGAGGCCGAACCGAGUCGCCCCGCGCCUCCCGCAGCCGCCCAGAGAGAAAACGAGACCCCGCCAGCCUCCACCGCCAGCGCCGCGACCCCCAGCUCCUCCGCCCCCCAGUCCAGGGCGGGGCCGCCCCCGACGCUGGGCGCCGGCGACAGAGACGAGGUCCGGGUCGACGACCGCCUGGAGCUGGCCUCCCAGCAGAGCACGGAGACGGGUUCGCUGGACGGGAGCUGCAGGGGCCCGCUGAACUCCUCCAUCACCUCCACCACCUCCACCCUGGUCCCGGGGAUGCUGGAGGAAGAGGAGGAGGAGGAGGAAGAGGAGGAGGACUACACCCCCGAGCCCAUUUCUGUGGAGGUGCCCACCCUGAGCAGCCGCAUCGAAUCCUGGGUGUCGAAGACGUUGGAAAACCUGCACCUGGGAAAGAACCAAGAAAGCACGGAGGAGGAGGAGGAGGAGGACGAGGAGGAGGACGAGGAGGAGGAGAGAGGGCAGAGUGAGGACGAGGAGGACCUUGACACAGUGGACGUCACGGAGACGAGGACGGAGGGCAAAGAACAAGCGGAGGCUAAGAAAGCCACCGGUUGAAAUCCCUCUGUUCUGACCUGCAUUUAUUCCCUCUUCUCUUCCCUCUGUUGCUUUCACCCCCCCUCUCCCUCCCCCCUCACAGCAGCCAGCAGCCUUCCCCCUCAGUCAUUCACCCCUGACACCAGACAUAAUCUCAGGUAUCCAACCAACCGACCACCUUCUACACACACACGACUAUUAACAGCUCGUUACGGAGAAACUGACCAACUGUCAGACGACAGCUAACAUUCACCACGUCAUUUAAAAAAAAAAAAAAGGACGCCCUCACUUCUUCGGCCCAUAACCUGCAACACUUGAAUUCAGAGGGAAGCUUUUGAUUUUUUUGUUCCUCCUCCGAAGCCGAACUCUUUAUUUCAGAGUCCGUGGGAGCAAGUGACGAGCGCUAAAAGAUGUUGUUCUUCGCAUAGGAGAAGGUUGGAACCUUUCAGCUCCCAUCUUACUUUAAUCAGAGCGCAGAAGGUUUACAGCUCUGCAAGUAUUUGUGCGCUUGUGUGUGUGCGUGUGUGCGCGUGCGUGCGUGCGUGCGUGCGUGCGUGUGUGUGUUUUACAGACACGGUGUCUGCGUUGAUUUUUGCUGUGUUCAUCAUUGGCUUUAUCUUUGUAAAUAAUGUGUGUUGACUUCCUACACCUCGCGUCUCCACGGGGGAAGGAGAGAGGUGCACUUUUUAAAUAACUGCUUGGUUGGUAUUGAGCUUUCAUCACAGGAUGCUACAGUGUCAGGAGGGUUCUGUCUUUGUACCAAAACCACUCCCAACCCGUCCCCGCCCCGGUCUUCAGAGAGUGUUUUAUAAAAAUACUAAGUGUCUCAUUCUGUAUUCAGACGACUCGAAAACGACUUAACUUCUAAGAAGCGAAACACGCUUUGUGAAUAUAACCUUGUCUGCGUGGUUCUACUACAACAUGUAAUGGUUUGUCAUAAUGGAUCUUGCCCAGUGUGAAACUAGUUGGGGUUGUUUUCAUCUUGAAUGGACUGUCCGUGCUUCAUAAAAAAACAAAAAAAACAACAACAAAAACAAAAAAAACAAACAAAGUGCUCCUUUUUUAUUUGUCCCUAGUGUUUGUUCUCUGGGCUCCAAUCCUCCAAGCACCAUUUGAACACGCUGCUCUAUCACCGAGAUCCAUCUAGAAGGAAAUGUACCUAAUGUUUUGGUAAAUAAACUGUUUUAACACAGAACUUAACAGUACUUCCUAGAUAGCAACGCGCUGAGGCCUGGGUGUGUAGUUUACAACA